AUGCGCGACACAGCCUCCAAGUUCGUCGAGAUCCUCGAUCCUAAGGACCUUUCUCUACGCAUGUCCGCCUCCGACGUCCGCCUCGAGGAUGUCCUCGCCGACCAUGAAGCAACCAUCAACAACCGAGUCCGUUCCUCUACACAGUCCUCCACAAAACCAGACAAAUCCAUGUCUCGUGGAAUCACGACAUCCCCCACCCCGCGCUGGAAACGUUUGAGCAAUAUUCUCGCGCAACCCCGCCGGAACUCUUAA